AUGGAGGAACAGUUGCAUGCUGGACAGUUUAUUCUGUUCGAAGGGGAAAAUGACGUGAACAGCGACAACUUCUGCUACGAGAACAAAGAAAAGGCGAUCAGGAAAAGGCUUUCCAAGACGCAGAGCUAUAAAAAUUUAGGCAGCCCAAACAGGAUGAGCAAAUGGGCAUGCGGGGACAGAGCCCCCUUUAACUUUGCAAUUUGGGAAAUAACUCCCAAGUGCAGCUCACGCUUCGCAGAGCUGAGCGAUUUGGAGAUGAUCGGGAAGCACAACUUGGAAGACUUUUUAAACAAUGAGGACCAGAGGAGGCGCAAUAAAGUCCCCAUGCUGUGGCUACACGAUUGUACGGCGGCCUAUUCGACGUCAAAAACGAUAGGGGAAGGAGUACAACAUAAAUGA